GUUGGGAAAAGAAGCUGCACAAUGCUGUUUACAGAGAAAUCAGUAUGUUUCCUUUACCUUAUUCUCCAUCAGUGCCUCCCGAACACAUCAAGGAACCUUUGGCUUACAUGAGAAAAGCUCAGGCAAACUGGGAAAAACGUAUUUUGAAGAGCCUAAACAGCAUGUGUAUAGAACUUGGAAUCCCGUUAUCGCAGAAGAGACCGCUGAGUGAGCAAAAGGAACUUUUGAAUAAAUGGAAUGAAAUGGGGACCGAUGAACCAGAUCUAAGUCUCUUCAGGCCAGUUUAUGCACCUAAAGAUUUUCUUGAGGUGCUGAUGAACCUGCGCAACCCAAAUUACGACACCAGCGAGGUGCCUAAUUUCAGAAACCACUUGGGACUAAUUCAGGUCCCACUGAAUGUGAAAGAUAUACCUGAACUGGUAAGCAUCCAUCAGCUUUAUGAAAAUGAACACGUACGGUUGGGUCAAAAAGUUCUUAUGGAGCAGGACAGCGCAGCCGCUCAACAGUACGUGCGUCAAGGCUCCCCCAAUUCAUUAAGAGCAGAGCUGUGGGCACUGAUUCUCAAUAUUUCAACUCGACCAGAGGUAAGUCAGAAAAGUAGAUUGGAAGGACAGGGGUCUGCUUGCUAUUCAUCUGACAUCCUCAAUAGUCCUCGAUUUAUUCAGCCCAAAAUUUCCAUUGUCAAGCAGGACAGUUAUGAAGAUGUGAAAUUGACAGCCAGCAAUGAUGACUACUACUUCGUGUUUGAGGAUUAUUUAUAUCAGGUGUUGCUUUGCUUCUCCCGAGACACUUCAGUGUUGGAACACUUCGAGUACAAUAGUGCUACCCCACCCAGAUCAUUCAUUCGAGGUAAAGACAGGUUUAUUUGAUAUGCCCGAGCCGUACAGAGACUCUGAAGAGACAGAAUAUUUUAUCAUUGUUACUUGAUGGUCUUAAGCGAACAAGGAUUGGGAAAUGAUUCAAACCUUGACUUCUCUGAUUCAUGAUGCCCAAUGCAUUUAAUUACGCCUU